AUGUACGCGAACAACUACGGCUUUGGCAAUGCCGCGCCCAACUUCAACCCCGCGGGCACACCGCAGCAAGGAAUGCAGCCGGGCCAGCAGGUCAUGUUCAACCGCCAGCAGCAAUUCGCCGGCAUGGCGCCUCAAGGGGCGUUUCCUGGAGCGAACCCGCACAUGAUGGCCGACGCAAACUCGGCAAACUCCAUGAUGCAGUCGCAAGGCAUGAUGCCGUCGCAGGGCAUGCCGGGCAUGGCGCCAAACAAUCAGAUGGCUUACCAGCAGCAAUUCCCCGGCGCGGCGUACGGCCAAGUCCUCCCCGCGGGUGUCGGACCUCAAGGCUUCGUUCCGAAUAACUACAUGAUGGGUGCUGGAAUGCCGGGCUUCCCCAUGGGCCAGCCCGGCAUGCCUCAGCAGCAGCAGAUGAUGAUGCAACGAAUGCAACAGCAGCAACAAGCUCAGCAACAGCAACAGCAACAGCAACAACAAGCUCAACAACAACAGCAGCAGCAGCCGAACCAGGCCAUGGGCCAGCCUCAGUUCUCGACUCCGCAGCCCAUGUCCCAGGGACAGACGCCGACAAAUCAACAGCCAAUGGGAUUGGGCACCCCUCAGACACCGACAUUUUCCUCCAAUCCGGCCAGCGGCAUGGCCGGUCUCCCAACGGGUGCGGUACCUAUGAGCCCUACAACAGAGGCUCUGGAAAAGGAGAGGUUCGCCUUGCUGUUAGACAUCAACCACGAGCUACUAUAUGAGUCGAUCCAGAUCCAGACAACGCUACAAGAAAUGAAAAAGGAGUUUGCCGCUGUCAAUGGCAACAUCCCAGACAGGAAACCUUCCGAGGAGGAGAACCACUUCCAACAAGACUAUCUGCAUUGCAUGCGACGAUUACAAGCCAAUCUGUCAUAUAUGGCUGCACUGGCAGAUAGGAAGCCAGAAGUCAAAGGACCGCCUUGUCCAGCAUAUCUCAGUGCACCUCCACUGAACUUGACUCUCAGACCCAGAGCAGUACCAAUUGGCGCCGAAAAUUCAACAACGCCUCCAGAUGCUGUAGCGGAUAGAGAAGAGCGGAAUAGGUCUAUCCAGGAUCUGUAUCGACGACUACAGGCUGUCUUCCCCACGUUCGACCCCAAGAAGGAGCCAGCCUUCCGCACGACGGCCUCGGCCCAGAAGCCUGGUAACCCAAUGGCCCCGAGCCAGCAUGCCAGUCCCGCUUCCCAGAGGACACCCCAGCUGCCUAAUAUGCCUGGCCCGCCAAUGAAUCUACAGCCCAACUUGGCUUUGCAGUAG